AUGCUGGACAGGUUUAUCCAACCCAGCGUUCCUUCCUCCAACCCGCAAAGAGACGGUCUUCCCCCGAUCUUAUCCCGACCCUCCGACAACCAGCCAUUGUUCCAGCGAUUGAACGGUGUCUAUGGGACAGCCCCAAAAGAGGCCGUUGCCUAUGCCGGACAACAACCCUAUACACCAGCCCCCCAGUAUUUGCCGGCACCAUCACAAAAGUUUCUACCGACAUUACAACAACAACAAUUUCAGACCCCUGUAUUACCCCCUCUAACGCAAAAAUCCGUGCCAUUGCAAACUUUGGUUGGCCGAAGUUCUACUUCCCGGGGAAUGUCUGAGUCCAUAGAGCCCGAAUCACGUAAGUUUGAUCAUGACCCCUCCAUCGACAUGAUUCACUCGAAUCUGGUUCACACCGUCAUGGGCAACAAGACCCCCACACCCCCACUCGAGCUUUUGGUAAUCGAUAAACCAUUAGCGUUGCAAUUUAUAAAGGCCUAUUUGGAUCACAACAACCGAACUUAUCCGAUUUUGAACGAAAAGGAGUUCAUGGACAAGGUGCUUGCGCUUGACUUCGAAACGUUUUUCCAAACAAGAGGCAAAAUGGAACCAUCUUUUUACUUCGAGGUCAAUAUGAUCAUGGCCAUCGGAUGCACCACUCUGGAACGUGCUGGCGUGAUUGAAAAGAAUAAGGGUUAUUCCAAAAUGUUUUCGUCCAAAUCCAUGAGUUUGCUAACUUCCGCUGUUUCUUUCCAAGACGUAUCCAGCGUGCGUUCUUUGGUGUUGCUAGGAAUAUACUCCUUUUUCGAUCCCAAAGGCCUGUAUUCGUGGUCUAUUGUUGGGGUGCUGACACGACUUGCUGUCUCCCUGGGAUUGAAUCGCAAAAUUAGAGACGUGGAAGCUAGAAAAAUGAGCUCGACCCAGAUCGAAAUGAGACAUCGUCUUUUCUGGGCUGUGUUCAAUAUGGAUCGAUUGAUCUCGAUCAGCUUUGGACGCCCCGUUGCGAUCCAAGACGACGACAUCAACGUCCCGUUGCCCGAGCCAAUGUACGAUGAAGGCCCAGAUAGUUUGAAAGUCACCCGCAACAUCAUCGAGAUGAGAAGAAUCGAGGGAAUCAUACUCAGCCGCGUCCAUUGCGUGCGUGCAUCCGAGAAAUGUUCUUCUGAGGAGGAGAAAAAUGAGAUUCUUAACGAGAUUCGACAGGACAUUGAGAAAUGGUACAACAAGUCCCGUCUUUUGUCGUCGUCAUCGCGACAGAAGGGGAAUAUUUCGUUCUUAGAGUCAACAGCAUGGUUUUCUGCGAGAUAUUACCAUCUGCUGAUGCUGUUGUACCGUCCUUCAUAUCUGUUCCCGAAGCCUGCCCUGAACAACCUGGACGUUCUAGGAAGAGCUUGUCUUCAAAACUUGUCCUUCACAUACACACUCUACACAUCAAAUCUGCUACCAUUGAACUGGAUCACUUUGUACAGGUUUUUGACAACUUGUACUACAAUUCUCUACUGCUUAUGCCAUUGGUCGAUCGACCUUGUUGAAUCCAAAACAGACAUCCAUUUAUGUGUGGAGAUUCUGAACGGGUUUGGCGAAAACUGGUAUUUUGCCAAGCGCUGUGCAGAGGUUUUCAAAACUAUAGAUGAUGCGAUCCUGGAGAUCUCAUUGAGCGAAUCAAACGGCCAAAUCCAGCCGGUGGACCAACUGCUAGUCGAUCUUAUGAACACUUCGUCGUCCUACCACGAAAUUCUAUUUGACAAUUCGGUCGAUAUAUGGUACGGCGACGAUUUCUUGAACACUGCUGUGAAAAAGAACCAACAAGAAUAA